CUACAAUUCCCAUCGUGCCCUGCGGAACUGCGGCUCCCAUGGUGCCUUGCGGGCCUAGCAUGGCUGCUGCUGUACCUGUGCUGGGGGAGUGAAGCUGGAGGGGGGCGGAGGGGCUGCUGCCUCUGCUGCCCGCCAUGGGGCUGAAGCCAUGGCAGAAGGCCCUGUUCCCGCUGCGCUCGGUGGAGGACGUGGUGCGGUUAUUCAUGGCCGAGCUGCAGCAGGAGCAGCCCGAUCUGGUGCUGCUGUCGCUGGUGCUGGGUUUUGUGGAGCAUUUCCUGGCUGUGAACCGCGUCAUACCCACCAACGUGCCGGGCAUCAGCUUUGAGCCACGCCCGGGACCUGAGCCUGACAGCCUCACCUACUUCCCUGUGGCUGAGCUGUCCAUCGUGGCCGCGCUGUACGCCCGCUUCACCGCCCAGAUCCGUGGUGCUGUCGACCUGUCCCUCUACCCCCGGCCCGAGGGCUUCUCCUCCCGCGAGCUGGUCAAGAAGGUGUCGGACGUCAUCUGGAACAGCCUCAGCCGCUCCUACUUCAAAGACCGGGCCCACAUCCAGUCUCUCUUCAGCUUCAUCACAGGCACUAAGCUGGACAGCUCAGGGGUGGCCUUUGCUGUGGUGGGGGCCUGCCAGGUGCUGGGGUUGCCGGAUGUGCACCUGGCGCUCUCGGAGGACCAUGCCUGGGUGGUGUUUGGCCGGGACGGUGAGCAGACGGCUGAGGUGACCUGGCACGGCAAAGGCAAUGAGGACCGGCGCGGGCAGACCGUGAAUGCUGGCGUGGCUGAGCGGAGCUGGCUGUACCUGAAGGGCUCGUACCUGCGCUGUGACCGGCACAUGGAGGUGGCCUUCAUGGUGUGCGCCAUCAACCCCUCCAUCGACCUGCACACUGACAGCCUGGAGCUGCUGCAGCUGCAGCAGCGGCUCCUGUGGGUUCUCUACGACAUGGGGCACCUGGAGAGGUACCCGAUGGCGCUGGGCAACCUGGCUGACCUGGAGGAGCUGGAGCCGACACCAGGCAGACCAGACCCCCUCUCCAUCUACCAUAAGGGCAUCAGCUCAGCCAGGAAGUACUACAACAAUGAGCACAUCUACCCCUACAUGUACCUGGCUGGCUACCACUGUCGCAACAAGAAUGUCAAGGAGGCGCUGGAGGCCUGGGCUGAUACAGCCACUGUCAUCCAGGACUAUAACUACUGCCGUGAGGAUGAGGAGAUUUAUAAGGAAUUCUUCGAUGUGGCCAAUGACGUGGUUCCCAACCUGCUCAAGGAGGUGGCCAACCUGGCAGAGCCACUGGAGGAGAAAGGUGCUGGGGAGAGAGGAGAGGGGUCCCCGGUGCAGGCUGGGGGCUCGGCCUUGCAGGACCCUGAGUGCUUCGCCCACCUGCUGCGCUUCUAUGAUGGCAUCUGCAAGUGGGAGGAGGGCAGCCCCACACCUGUGCUGCACGUGGGCUGGGCCACCUUCUUGGUGCAGUCGCUGGGACGCUUUGAUGGGCAGGUGCGCCAGAAGGUGACAAUCGUGGCGCGGGAGGCGGAGGCCAAUGAAGACGAUGAGCAGGGCAGCGAGGACCCCCGCGAGGGGCGCCGGCGUGGACCCCGCCGCGAGUCUAAGCCUGAGGAGCCCCCCCUGCCCAAGAAGGCCUCCGAGCGCCGGCGCCCCAGCUCGGGCCAGCGGCCAGACAAGCCCCCUGCGGCAGAGAAGGAGGAGGGGGGGGCCCCCGCCCCGGGGGUCCCCCCUGUCCCUCCCCCCGAGGGGCCUGUCCUCACCUUCCAGAGCGAGAAGAUGAAGGGCAUGAAGGAGCUGCUGGUGGCCGCCAAGAUCAACUCGAGCGCCAUCAAGCUGCAGCUCACGGCCCAGUCCCAGGUGCAGAUGAAGAAGCAGAAGGUGUCAGCCCCAAGAGACUAUACCCUGGCCUUCCUCAAGCGCCCCCGCAAAUCCCUCUGACCCCCAUGGGGGAGGCCGGGGUGCAGUGCUGCCCCCUGCCAAGCUCUGCCAGGCUCAGCUUCACGGGGCGAGGAAUUGUUGCCUUUAAAUAGGGCAUGGGGAAGCGCCCUGCCCCCGUCUCUCCCAGGUGCAGGGGCUGCCUCACCCCUGCUAUAGCUUUCCUGGGCUCCCCAUGGUGUGAGGGAGGGGGCUCUGUGGGUUUGAUGCUGGGGCAGGGGGGAGCUCUAAUAUUACUCCCCCUCCAAGACAGGAGCUGACAUGGCCUGAGCCCUCCUGAGCUCUGGGGUUCAGGGGUGAUGAGUUCUGUGUGUUCUCCAUGUAUCUGGGAGAGUUGCAGGAAUUGAGUGGAGGUUCUCUCUACCUUGCACUCCUUCUGCUGAGGAGAUAUGGCCCCCUCCCCUCUGAUACACACUGGGGUACUUCUGGGUGAGGUGUCUCCAAAAUACAGACCCACCUGAGCCAGCCCGUGCACUGCCCAUGGGCCGGGCUUGUGCCCACACCCUCUAGAGGAGAAGGAAGCCGCAUCCCAUUCUGUGCCCCCAAGCCAGCCAUGGCGGGAGGGGAGCUCUUUCUCUUUAGGCUGGGGGUGGGUGGGUUAGCAGCUGACUUUGAUCUUUCCAGAGUCCAGCUGCUGUGUCCUGAGCUUCCAAGGCAUCUUCCAGCCCUGCACAAAGCCCCGGGUAGAGCCACAGCUGUUCAGCGUGGAGGAUGCGGGGCUUUGUACCUCUUCCCCCACCCCCCCGGAGUUUGUAAUGUAAACUUCUUCCUCCCCCAUCAUGCUCCCUCCCCCCCCAUCUCAUCCCUCUAGGUGGUCAUGCCCCCCCUUCUGUUCUCAACUGAGGCCUUUCCCUUGAAAGCACUGGACCUGCUGUAGGGGGUAGGGGCAGAUAGCAGGGGUUGCUGGGGGGAAUCUGAGCAUGCCACCGGCACGAGAAUAAUGGGGUGUGACCAACCACUGGGAACGCAGUGGGCUUUCUGUGGGGCUGUGAUGGGUCCCGCUAAACAAGCCCCAGCAGGGCCAUAGUAUUCAUAGUGGGCACUGCCUUCCCCGUGCAGCUCAGGCAGAGAGCUCCUGAGGCUGUGCUAAGUGGGGAAGACCACGGACUUCUAAGCAGCAUGUCCUGCUGGACCCCACUGUCUCCCUCUAGUGGCUGACAUGGGGUUUGCAUUGAAGGGCCAUGGGGGGCAGAGCUGGGGUGGGGGCAGGCAGGGCUUUGUACAGUUAGAAGGGGGGUGGAUGGUGCUGGGGUGGGACAGC